CGCACGCAUAACCGGAAGCUCGAUAGUUCGCGGAGCGUGAAACGAACGUCGGGACGGAUUUUCUGUGGGAUAAACGAACUGGCGUCGCUGCAAAAGCGAUGCCUCGCUCUCGGCGAUACCCAUCAUCAGAGCGAAGCCAGAGCCAUCGUGUUCGGUACCAAAGCCGCAGACACCGGUGGAGACGACGCAGUCGCUCAACAUCAUCCAGCAGACAGCGAGACAGAAGCAGGAGUCACAGGGAGAGGAGAGGAGCGGGACGCAGGAGGGAUGACAGGAGCAGACGUCACUGUCGUGAUGAGCGGGAAGAGUUUGAGGAUCAUGAAAGAGAUUCCUCCAUUACGGAGAGAUUCCUCAGACACACAGACUUCACCUGUCGUUCCCAUCAGUACCAUCCGGAGCGCAGGAGCAGCCGACACAGACGCCGGAGAUCGAGAUCGCGUUCCUACAGUCAGAGCCGGUCCUUCUCGUCUCGGAGCAACAGUCGUGUGCGAGCGUGGACUAUUAAAGAUGACGAGGAGGGGCAUCUGAUCUAUCGGUCCGGUGACCUGCUGCAAGACAGAUAUGAGAUUGUGGGAACACUUGGAGAAGGAACCUUUGGGAAAGUAGUGGAGUGUAUCGACCAUCACAGGAGUGGCUCUCGCAUCGCUCUGAAGAUCAUUAAGAAUGUGGAGAAAUACAGAGAAUCAGCUCGACUGGAGAUCAACGUUCUGGAGAAAAUCAACCGGAAAGAUCCAGAAAAUAGCAAUUUGUGUGUGCAGAUGUUUGAUUGGUUCGACUAUCACGGUCACGUGUGUCUCAGUUUUGAGCUGUUGGCUCUCAGCACGUUUGACUUCAUGAAGGAGAAUAAUUACUUACCAUACACCAUCUGUCAGAUCAGACACAUGGCCUACCAGAUCUGCAUCGCUGUCAAGUUUCUCCAUGACAACAAGCUGACACACACGGACCUCAAACCCGAGAACAUCCUGUUUGUCAACUCUGAGUUCACGGUCUCGUAUAACCCCGAGAAGAAGAGAGAAGAGCGUUCAGUGAAGAACACGGAUGUGAGGCUGGUGGAUUUCGGCAGCGCCACGUUUGAUCACGAGCAUCACAGCGUCAUCGUUUCCACGCGACACUACAGAGCGCCAGAGGUGAUUCUGGAGCUGGGCUGGAGUCACCCGUGUGACGUGUGGAGUAUCGGCUGUAUUCUGUUUGAGUAUUACUGUGGAGACACACUCUACCAGACUCAUGAUAACAGGGAGCAUCUGGCCAUGAUGGAGCGAGUACAUGGACCAAUUCCUUCCAGAAUGAUCCGGAAAACAAGAAAACAGAAGUAUUUUUACAGAGGUCGUUUGGACUGGAACGAGAACACUUCAGCGGCACGAUACGUGAGAGAGAGCUGUAGACCACUCAGACGGUAUGUGUUGAGCGAGUCAGAGGAGCAUCAUCAGUUCUUUGAUUUGUUGGAGGAUUUGUUGGAAUUUGAUCCGGAUCGCCGUGUGUCUCUCUCCGCCGCGCUGCGCCAUCCAUUCUUCAGUCCGAUCCGAGACGCUGAACACUUCACCAGCAGCGGCCGUGACAUCAGCCGGUGACCUCUGACCUCUACCUCCCCUUUACUGUCUGUCUCAGAGCCGAGCACGCUGAAUGGACAACGUUCUUUGGUCCUUCCUGUUGGUUCUGUCUGGAUCUGCUGGAUUCUCUGGAACAGAGUUGUGAAUCAGAGUUUAGCUGCCGAUGACGUAUGAAGUAAUGGUGGAGGGACAGCCAGGGUGGAUUCUCUGCUCGUUGCUGAUUGGUGGAUUUGAGCUCAGGGUCAGCCAGUAGAUUCAGACUGACAGCUUGACAAGCUCCCUGAUUGGUCUACCUUCCUUUGACGGACAGCUCUGCCAUAAGGCGGGACUUGGAGAGGAAACUCUUUAAGUUGUUUUGGGAUCAUCGUAGAAGCGUUCGGCCAACACACACACACACACACACAAUUACAUUGACUAGGUUAAUAUAAUAUCUUCCUUGGAUUUCAUGUAUUGCACAUAUUAAGGUUCCCAGCAGAAAAACACACGUUCAGUAUUUAUUUGAAUUGUUUUGUAUGAGAUGAAUAUAGUUGUAUAUAAAGUAAAUGUUCUCUAUAAUAAAACAUGUUUCAUAUGAAUUGACCUUUGUGAGGUUAUUAUUCAUUAGUCUGAGCUGCCGCUAACGACACAGUCUGAUGACAUCAUCGUCUGCUCUCAUUCACUUCCUGAAGUCCG